CCACAAAAGCGGCGCUGUCUGUCUUGCCAUGUCUUGCCAUGUUUUCUCAACCAAAAGAUGAGGCAGAACAUGGAAGGGACCCAGAUCUGGUCAGCAAUUGGCUUGCAUUGAACCAACCAUUGCUGGCUCGCACACUAAAGGCCUGUCAACAGUUCCAUGCCAAUGUUUAUGCAAGGAACUGCGACAAGGUCAUUGCUGCAAAAGCGUUUCAGUACAGGAACUUGCGUUUGGGUCAGAGGGCUGGCUUUUUGCAAGAGUCCUGGCACAUCUGCAGCUUCAACAAAAAUGCCAUCGCGGAAGGUUGGGGACUGAGAGAUGAAGAUCUUCAGAUUAAGGCCAUAGCAACCAAAGCUCAUUGCACUGCAGAUGCUGAGAUAUGGAAAGGCAACUGCAGACUUUGUGAAGUGCAGUUCAAAAGAUAUUCCGAUGCAAAAGCAACAGCGCGUGCCUUUGCAAAUCCCAAGUACGAGGGCAUGCUGAAAGUUGGGCCUAUGGAUCAGGUUUCCGGCGAGGGAAGCUUUGAAGCCUCUAUCAACUGUGAAGGGGUCAGUAGUGAUCCAUGUACACGAAUGGAAUUGGAUGAAAUGGCUGCGAGAGGGAGUAAAGGAGAGGGAUCCCAGGGAUACCUUCGAAGAUUCGAUGUCUCUACUGUCUCUACCACGUUGAUCCUUGAUCUUGGUCUGUGUGCAGUCAAGAGUGCAUUCACCCUGACACUGCUUCUUCUAGUGCAGCACUUCAGCCACCCUAGAAAUCGGAGGAAACGCCUCUCCCUGUGGCCCGUGUGUCUCGGCAGCGCCGCUUCCGUCCUCCUAGGUCUGGCACAGCACGCGGCGGAAGGAGCCGGGAGCGGCCGCGGGUCCACGGCCGUUGCCGUGGCCGUGGCGCUGGGGAGCUGCGGAAGAUCCAUCGUCGAUGCACGAGGUGCGUUCAGAAAGCACGGAGCAAGCUUGGGCACUUUGCUCCCCAGCAGUUGCGAGUUGAUCACUGCUUUGCUCUUCGCAUCAAGCGGAGAGUUUCGUAAAACACUGUCGAGCAGUUUCUGCGCAUGGAUCUUCUUCUCAACUGGAAGUGUGGCACUGUUUGCGCUGAGGUGUCACUGCGUCCGGAGACACUGCGACCUGUGGGCAGAAGAAUUUUUUGUUGAACACAGUGCAGUGGUGCAGGGUCCAGCACUCCAUGAUGGACAACACUGAUCGGCCAUUUUGGGUGCUGAGUGUAUCGCCUAUGGCUGAAGUUUGGAGGUUUU